AUGUCAUCCCAAAUGGCGAAUCGAGUCGACAGUCGAAUCUACCGACCAGAGCUGGCUGCUGUUCAAUUUGGGCACACAAAGGGCACCCUCUUCUUCGAUGGUCAAACGGGAGUGUGGUUGGUGCAUUCGGUACCGAAAUUCCCUCCACCUGAUCACUAUCAAUAUCCGGAUUCGGGAACCGAUUACGGGCAAACGAUGUUGUGCAUGACGUUCACCUAUGCUCAACUCAAGGAUAUUGUUCUUCUAAAUCAGUUACUUGUUCUUUUGAGAGUUUUUGUUAUGAAAUCCCAUCUAAUGAUCAACAAUUGGAAGUGUUUUAACAAUUGGAUCAACAAUUGGAAAAUUUCCGCGAGCGGGGGAAACCUGACGACAACG